CAGCCAAUCCCGAGCCGGCUUUUAUUGUUGGGGCUCAUCAACAGUAAGAUGGCGGCGGCUUCUUGCUGAAGCGGCGGGUGUCUAAAAACAAAAAAACAAAAAGAGGAAAUAAGCCGUCUGGUUACAAGCGUCGGGGAGGGGAUUAUUGAAAAUUAUUCGAAGGAAUUCACUUAAUAAAUCAGUGAUUUAUUUAUUUGGUUUCGCUGGCCCGGCCCGGCCCGGCCCCUUGCUCUGCCCUGACCCAGCGCCGCGCGGCUGCGGCUCCGGCCGGUUGCUCUUCCCCUUCCAGCCGACCAUGACUUCCAUUCACUUCGUGGUGCAUCCGCUCCCGGGCACCGAGGACCAGCUCAACGACAGAUUACGAGAAGUAUCGGAAAAAAAACUCAACAAAUUCAAUCUUAGCAGUCACCCGCCUCUGAAUGUUUUGGAACAGGCUACAAUUAAGCAGUGUGUCGUAGGACCAAACCAUGCUGCAUUUCUGCUGGAGGAUGGCCGUAUCUGUAGAAUUAGCUUUGCUGUUCAACCAGAUAGAUUGGAGCUGGGAAAACCAGAUACUAAUGAUGGUUCAAAGUUGAGCAGUGGUUCAGGCACAGGAAGGACUUCCAGGCCAGGCAGGAGUAGUGAUUCCCCAUGGUUUCUGUCUGGUUCUGAUACUCUGGGCAGACUGGCAGGCAACCCCCUUGGGAGUCGUUGGAGUUCUGGAGUAAGUGGUGGGGCCUCGGGAAGAUCAUCCACAGGGGCAAGGGACUCACGGAGGCAGACUAGAGUGAUACGUACUGGUCGCGAUCGAGGAUCUGGACUACUUGGAAGUCAGCCACAACCAGUCAUACCAGCAUCAGUCAUCCCAGAGGAGUUAAUCUCCCAGGCACAAGUUGUAUUGCAAGGCAAGUCUAGAAGUGUUAUUAUCCGGGAAUUACAGAGGACGAAUUUGGAUGUCAAUCUUGCUGUAAACAACCUACUUAGCCGUGAUGAUGAAGAUGGAGAUGAUGGCGAUGACACAGCAAGUGAAUCUUAUUUACCAGGAGAGGACCUUAUGUCUUUGCUGGAUGCAGAUAUCCAUUCUGCUCAUCCGAGUGUCAUCAUAGAUGCUGAUGCUAUGUUUUCUGAAGAUAUCAGCUAUUUUGGUUAUCCUUCCUUCCGUCGCUCUUCUCUAUCCAGACUAGGCUCGUCAAGAGUUCUCCUUCUUCCCUUAGAGAGAGACUCCGAUCUGUUGCGUGAACGUGAAUCAGUUUUACGUUUACGUGAAAGGAGAUGGCUUGAUGGUUCCUCAUUUGAUAAUGAAAGAGGCCCCACAAGCCGUGAAGGUGAAUCGAACUUGGAUAAGAAAAGUCUUCCAGUCCAAAGCCCUGUCUCCUUGGGAGAGGAACUGCAAUGGUGGUCUGAUCGGGAUGGUACUAAAUUUGGAGCUAUUGGAGCUCUGUAUUCUGAACUUGUAGCUGUAAGCAAUAAAGGUGAAUUAUAUCAAUGGAAAUGGAAUGAAUCUGAACCCUAUAGAAAUACGCAGAAUCCUUCAGUGCACCAUCCUCGAGCUACACAGUUAAGUUUAACCAAUGAGAAAAUUGUCCUUCUGGCUGCCAAUAGCAUUAGAGCCACAGUUACUACAGAGAACAGCAAAGUUGCCACUUGGGUGGAUGAAACAUUAUGUUCUGUCGCUUCUAAACUGGAGCACAGUGCCCAGAUUUUCCCUGAGUUGCAAGGAGAAAAGAUUGUAUCUUUGUAUUGUUGUGCCCUAUAUACCUGCGUCCAGCUAGAAAAUGGCCUAUUUUGGUGGGGAGUAGUGCCUUUCAGUCAACGAAAAAAGAUGCUUGAGAAGGCCAGAGCCAAAAACAAGAAGCCAAAAUCUAAUGCAGGCAUUUCCUCAAUGCCAAACAUAACAGUUGGAACGCAGGUGUGUUUGAGAAAUAACCCACUCUACCAUGCUGGAGCAGUAGCUUUUUCCAUUAGUGCUGGCAUUCCAAAAGUUGGUGUACUGAUGGAAUCAGUUUGGAAUAUGAAUGACAGCUGUCGAUUCCAGCUCCGAUCUCCAGAAAGUUUGAAAAACUUAGAAAAAUUGACCAAAAGUACUGAAAAUAAGACAGAAAGCAAACAAGAGCCAGUCAAGACUGAGAUGGGGCCACCACCAUCACCAGCUUCCACUUGCAGCGAUGCAUCCUCUAUUGCUAGUAGUGCAUCAUUACCAUAUAAACGUAGGCGAUCCACUCCAGCACCCAAAGAGGAAGAAAAAGUGAAUGAAGAGCAGUGGCCACUUAGGGAAGUGGUGUUUGUUGAAGAUGUUAAAAAUGUGCCAGUGGGGAAGGUAUUGAAAGUGGAUGGUGCUUAUGUUGCUGUGAAAUUCCCUGGGACUUCUAGCAAUGUCAGUAAUCAGACUUGUACUAGUGGAGAUACUGAUCCAACUUCCCUCCUGCAAGACUGUAGGCUACUUCGAAUUGAUGAACUGCAAGUGGUGAAGACAGGUGGAACACCUAAAAUUCCAGACUGUUUCCAACGCACUCCUAAAAAGCUUACAAUCCCAGACAAAGCAGAGAUCCUUGCAGUGAAUGUGGAUUCCAAGGGAGUUCAUACUGUGCUGAAGACAGGGAGCUGGGUACGCUACUGUAUCUUUGACCUCGCUACGGGUAAAGCUGAGCAGGAGCACAACUUUCCAACAAGCAGUGUUGCUUUUCUUGGACAGAAUGAACGCAAUGUCGCGAUCUAUACAGCUGGGCAGGAGUCGCCCAUCAUCCUCAGGGAUGGAAAUGGCACAAUCUACCCAAUGGCUAAAGAUUGCAUGGGUGGAAUUCGUGAUCCCGACUGGUUAGAUCUUCCACCAAUUACUAGUCUUGGAAUGGGUAUUCAUUCUUUAACAAACCUUCCUGCAAAUUCAUCCAUUAAAAAGAAAGCAGCUGUCAUUGUAAUGACAGUAGAGAAACAAGCAUUAAUGCAACAUAUCCUGAGAUGUGAUUAUGAAGCCUCCAGGCAGUACUUGAUGAAUCUUGAACAGGCUGUUCUGUUGGAACAAACACCACAAGCCCUAAAUACAUUUCUAAGCAAUCGGUGUGAUGGGAAUCGUAAUGUUUUGCAUGCUUGUGUGUCUGUCUGUUUCCCCACAAGCAAUAAGGAGACAAAAGAGGAAGAAGAAGCAGAGCGCUCGGAGAGGAACACGUUUGCAGAAAGGUUAUCUGCAGUUGAGGCCAUCGCAAAUGCAAUUUCCGUGGUAUCCAGUAAUAGUAGUGGUAACAGAAGUGGGCCUUCUAGCAGUCGUAGUUUAAGAUUACGUGAGAUGAUGAGGCGCUCGCUACGAGCUGCGGGCUUAGGACGCCAUGAAUCUGGUGCUUCCUCCAGUGACCAUCAGGAUCCAGUAUCUCCUCCUAUUGCACCACUUAGCUGGGCACCAGAUCCACCUGCAAUUGAUCCAGAUGGUGACAUUGAUUUUAUCCUGGCUCCUGCUGUUGGAUCUCUUACCACAGCAGCAUCUGGCACUGGACAGGGACCAAGCACGUCUACCAUACCUGGUCCUUCUGCUGAGCCACCCGUCGUGGAGUUAAAGGACAGAAAAGCUAAUGCUCAUCUUAUUUUAAAAUUACUUUGUGAAAGUGUAGUAUUGCGUCCUUAUCUUCGAGAAUUGCUUUCAGCCAAGGAUGCUCGAGGAAUGACACCGUUUAUGCUUGCUGUUGGUGGGAGAGCUUAUCCUGCUGCAAUUACUAUUCUCGAAACGGCUCAGAAAAUAGCUAAAGGUGAUGUUUCGGGUGAAAAGGAAGAGGAUAUAUUUAUGAGCAUGAUUUGUCCACUUGGUACAAAUCCAGAUGACUCACCUUUGUAUGUUUUAUGCUGCAAUGAUACUUGCAGCUUUACAUGGACUGGAGCAGAGCACAUUAACCAGGAUAUUUUUGAAUGUCGAACAUGUGGAUUGUUGGAGUCUCUCUGUUGCUGUACAGAGUGUGCAAGAGUGUGUCACAAAGGGCAUGAUUGCAAGUUGAAACGGACUUCCCCUACUGCGUAUUGCGAUUGCUGGGAAAAGUGCAAGUGUAAAACAUUGAUUGCAGGACAGAAGUCUGCACGUCUUGAUCUGCUUUAUAGACUGCUUACUACAACCAAUCUCGUGACUUUGCCAAAUAGCAGGGGCGAACAUCUGCUGUUAUUUUUGGUGCAGACAGUUGCUAGACAAACUGUAGAACAUUGUCAGUAUCGGCCACCACGAAUAAGAGAGGAUAGAAACCGGAAGACUGCCAAUGUUGAAGAUUCUGAUAUGCCUGAUCAUGAUUUGGAACCUCCUCGAUUUGCCCAGCUGGCUUUGGAGCGUGUCCUUCAGGACUGGAAUGCAUUGAAAUCUAUGAUAAUGUUUGGAUCACAGGAAAGCAAAGAUCCGUUAAGUGCCAGCAGUAGGAUAGCUCAUCUGCUGCCUGAGGAGCAAGUAUACCUUUCCCAACAAAGUGGAACCAUCCGGCUAGACUGCUUCACUCACUGUCUCAUCGUAAAGUGUACAGCUGACAUUUUACUGCUGGAUACUUUACUUGGAACGCUGGUGAAGGAGCUACAGAAUAAGUAUACUCCAGGGCGUCGAGAAGAAGCCAUCACCGUCACCAUGAGAUUUCUACGCUCAGUAGCAAGGGUGUUUGUCAUACUUAGCGUAGAAAUGGCUUCAUCAAAGAAAAAAAAUAAUUUCGUACCUCAACCAAUUGGCAAGUGCAAGCGGGUAUUCCAGGCACUUCUACCCUAUGCUGUAGAGGAGCUCUGUAAUGUGGCAGAAUCCCUCAUUGUUCCUGUUAGAAUGGGGAUUGCACGCCCAACGGCUCCCUUUACGUUGGCAAGCACUAGUCUGGAUGCCAUGCAAGGUAGUGAGGAACUUUUCUCUGUAGAGCCACUUCCUCCAAGGCAAUCCUCUGAUCAAUCCAGCAGUUCCAGCCUGUCACAAUCUUCAUACAUCAUUCGCAAUCCUCAACAAAGACGCAUCAGUCAGUCGCAACCUGUUCGGGGCAGAGAUGAAGAGCAAGAUGACAUUGUCACAGCAGAUGUGGAAGAGGUUGAAGUGGUAGAGGGAGUAGCUGGGGAAGAUGAUCAUCAUGAUGAGCAUGAAGAACAGGGUGAAGAAAAUACUGAGGCUGAAGGACACCAUGAUGAACAUGAUGAUGAUGGGAGUGAUAUGGAACUUGAUCUCUUGGCGGCAGCAGAGACGGAAAGUGACAGUGAAAGUAAUCAUAGCAAUCAGGACAAUGCUAGUGGACGCAGAAGUGUUGUCACUGCUGCCACAGCAGGAUCUGAAGCAGGUGCCAGCAGCGUUCCAGCCUUUUUCUCAGAGGAUGAUUCUCAAUCCAAUGACUCCAGUGAUUCUGACAGCAGUAGCAGUCAGAGUGAUGAUGAAGAACAGGACACGUUUUUACAAGAUGAGCCUUUGGAGAGAACUACCAGCAGCUCUCAUGCGAACAGUGCAGCCCAGGCACCGCGUUCCAUGCAGUGGGCUGUACGCAGCACCCAGAACCAAAGGUCAAAUAAUACAGCUCCAUCUAGCAACAGCACUCCUGCAGGCGGCUCAGCAGGUUUAAUUUACAUUGAUCCUUCCACCUUGCGGCGCAGUGCUACGAUCAGUACCAGCGCAGCGGCAGCUGCUGCAGCUCUGGAAGCAAGCAACUCCAGCAGUUACCUCACAUCAGCGAGCAGUCUAGCACGAGCCUACAGUAUUGUAAUACGGCAGAUCUCAGAUCUCAUGGGAUUGAUCCCUAAAUAUAACCACUUGGUGUACUCUCAAAUACCAGCUGCCUUGAAAAUAACAUACCAGGAUGCUAUUAACUUGCAGAAUUAUGUGGAGGAAAAGCUAAUGCCUACCUGGAACUGGAUGGUCAGCAUCAUGGAUUCCACUGAGGCUCAGUUGCGAUAUGGUUCAGCAUUAUCUUCAGCUGGAGAUCCAGGUCACCCUAGCCAUCCUUUACAUGCUUCGCAAAAUUCUGCUAGGAGAGAAAGAUUAACAGCACGUGAAGAAGCCAGUCUGAGAACUUUAGAGGGAAGAAGGCGUGCCACCUUGUUGAAUGCCCGUCAAGGAAUGAUGUCCGCUCGUGGUGAUUUUCUCAAUUAUGCCCUUUCUCUGAUGCGUUCCCAUAAUGACGAACAUUCUGAUGUCUUGCCAGUUUUGGAUGUUUGUUCACUGAAGCACGUUGCCUACGUAUUCCAGGCACUUAUUUAUUGGAUUAAAGCAAUGAAUCAGCAGACAACCUUGGAUACGCCACAACUAGAUAGAAAACGGACUCGAGAGUUGUUGGAAUUGGGUCUUGACAAUGAGGAUUCAGAACAUGAAAAUGAUGAUGAUACCAAUCAAAGUUCUGGGCUGCAUGACAAGGAUGACGAAACACUCUCUACAGAAGCAGGACAAAAUCAUACAUUCUUCCGGCGUUCUGAUUCUAUGACCUUCCUUGGUUGCAUUCCACCAAAUCCUUUUGAAGUUUCUCUCGCUGAAGCAAUUCCUUUGGCAGACCAACCUCACCUUUUACAGCCCAAUGCCAGAAAGGAAGAUUUAUUUGGUCGCCCAAGCCAAGGACUAUAUUCAUCCUUCUCUGGCCUUGGGAAAGGAAUAACUGAAGUGACUGUGGAUAGAAACUGCUUAGAGGUGCUUCCCACAAAAAUGUCCUACUCUUCAAACCUCAAGAAUGUUAUGAGUAUGCAGAAUCGGCAGAGGAAGACAGCUGAUGAGCAAGUGUUACCAGACGAUGAAUCAGAAAAUUCACGAAUAGGGCCGUCUGCUCAAGACCUUGCAGCACAACUGAAAAGUAGUUUACUAGCUGAGAUUGGGCUGACUGAAAGUGAAGGACCCCCAUUAACAUCAUUCAGGCCACAAUGUAGUCUCAUGGGAAUGGUGAUUUCACAUGACAUGUUACUCGGACGUUGGCGAUUGUCUUUGGAACUCUUUGGCAGAGUAUUUAUGGAAGAUGUUGGAGCUGAACCCGGUUCGAUCUUGACUGAACUUGGUGGGUUUGAAGUGAAAGAGUCCAAAUUCCGGAGGGAAAUGGAGAAACUAAGAAAUGCUCAAUCCCGAGAUCUAACUCUUGAGGUUGACCGUGAUCGCGACCUCUUGAUUCAACAAACAAUGAGGCAACUGAAUAAUCAUUUUGGCCGCAGAUGCACGACAACACCAAUGACAGUGCACAGGGUGAAGGUCACUUUCAAAGAUGAGCCGGGAGAGGGCAGUGGAGUGGCUCGAAGUUUUUACACUGCAAUUGCUCAAGCAUUCCUGUCCGGUGAAAAAUUGCCUAAUCUUGACUGCAUACAGAAUGCCAGCAAAGGAUUGCAAACUAGCCUAAUGCAGCGCCUGAGGAACCGGGAGAGGGAGCGGGAAAGGGAGAGAGAAAGGGAAAUGAGGAGAAGUGGUGGAAUGAGAGCGGGCUCUCGUCGAGAUCGAGAUCGGGAAUCAAGAAGGCAGCUUUCGAUAGAUACCAGACCUUUCCGGCCAGCAUCAGAAGGAAAUCCGAGUGAUGAUCCAGAUCCACUACCAGCCCAUCGGCAAGCACUUGGGGAGCGGCUGUAUCCUCGAGUUCAAGCAAUGCAGCCAGCAUUUGCAAGUAAAAUUACCGGAAUGUUACUAGAAUUAUCCCCUGCGCAGCUGCUGUUGCUUCUAGCUAGUGAAGACUCAUUAAGAGCAAGGGUUGAUGAGGCCAUGGAGCUCAUAAUUGCACACGGAAGGGAAAACGGUGCUGAUAGUAUAUUGGACCUGGGAUUGCUUGAUGCAUCAGAUAAAUCUCAGCAGGACACUAGAAAACGACAUGGUUCCAGUCGAAGUGUGGUUGACAUGGAAUUGGAUGAACCAGACGAUGGUGAUGAUAAUGCUCCAUUAUUCUAUCAACCUGGAAAACGAGGGUUCUACUCACCAAGGCCUGGCAAAAACACAGAAGCACGCCUGAAUUGUUUCCGUAAUAUUGGCAGGAUUUUGGGUCUGUGUUUACUACAAAAUGAACUAUGCCCCAUAACGCUAAAUAGACAUGUUAUUAAAGUUUUGUUAGGAAGAAAAGUGAAUUGGCAUGACUUUGCUUUCUUUGAUCAUGUGAUGUAUGAGAGUUUACGCCAACUUAUCCUCGCCUCUCAGAGCCAGGAUGCAUAUGCAGUGUUUGCAGCAAUGGACCUUGCUUUUGCUAUAGAUCUUUGUAAAGAAGAAGGUGGAGGACAGGUUGAACUUGUUCCUGGUGGAGCCAAUAUUCCAGUCACUCCUUUGAAUGUUUACGAAUAUGUUAGGAAGUAUGCAGAAUAUCGAAUGUUGGUGGUUGCUGAGCAGCCUCUUCAUGCUAUGCGGAAAGGAUUGCUGGACGUUCUUCCUAAAAAUUCACUUGAAGAUCUAACAGCAGAAGAUUUUAGGCUCUUAGUCAAUGGCUGCGGAGAAGUGAAUGUCCAGAUGCUGAUUAGUUAUACAUCUUUCAACGAUGAGUCUGGUGAAAAUGCUGAAAAGUUAUUACAAUUCAAGCGUUGGUUCUGGUCCAUUGUGGAAAAGAUGAGCAUGACAGAAAGACAGGAUCUGGUUUACUUCUGGACAUCAAGUCCAUCAUUGCCUGCCAGUGAGGAAGGUUUCCAACCAAUGCCUUCAAUCACUAUUAGACCACCUGAUGAUCAACAUCUUCCAACUGCAAAUACCUGCAUCUCGCGUCUAUAUGUCCCACUUUAUUCCUCCAAACAAAUUCUCAAACAAAAACUGUUACUAGCCAUUAAGACCAAGAACUUUGGUUUUGUGUAGAGUAUAAUAAAAUGUGUGUACUGUGUGUAAUAAUAUAACUAGGUCCAAGUUUUGUAGAUUAAUUUUUCAUUUGUCUAUAAAAUUGAUGGAAGUUAAUGCUGUCACACACCUGGAGGUUCUAUGGUGGUGAACAUUCCUGUAUUUGGCUUGUAGCUGAAAGUCCAAACCACAGGCUGUAGUGGCUUUGACUGUAACUUUCUAGGCUUUUGGCUAAUCAGUAACCUGUUAGCCUAACCGCAGCCAAAGAUGACAGCAGAUCAUGUAUUGUUACACUGUGAUUUAUGGUCAUUAGGCCUAGGGGAACUGAAAAUGUUUCUGAAAUUUCACUGCUGCCUUUGUCGAAAGUUUGAUCAAAGGUUCUUGUACAGAGGGAAGUAGGGGAAUUCCAAAUAAAACAAGAGAAUGCUUUACAUUUUGUGUGUGACUAUUAAACCUGGUGGGGAAAAGCCCUUUUGUUUGCUUCAUCUGUUUAUCAUUGGAUACAUUUUAAAUUAAGUAUUAUGAUUUGUUCCAAUUAAUAUUGCCAUGAGAGGUUAAAUAUACUUUGUCCUUCAGCCAAGACACAGUUAAGCUGACUUAAACUGGUACGGACUCAUUUAAUUUAUAAAGAUGUUUAGUUUUGGUAUUGACAGUACCAUUCAGUCACAAAAUGUAAAACUGAGCCUUGCUUUGUGCAGGUUGUACAGUAUGCUUCUAUUUAUCCAAGCUACUUUAAAAAAAAAAUCAUUGGUUUGGGUAUUCAUUAAGUUUAACAAAUGGUUUGUUUAGGUUUCAGAUAUCAAAUUGUGUACUGUACCAAAGAGUUGGCAAACCAGUGCACAUGUAGAAAAGUGCAUUUUUAUAUAAAAAUAAAGGAAAUUUGCAUUCUCUGUU